CUGGAGCAGCUACUGUUAUCUGAAACACAAGGGCCAGGAUAGGGGAACAGAUCUAAAGAAGAGAUAGACGGGGAAUCCUCUGGAACCAUCCAGGGGUCGGGUUGCUUUGUGUGGAGUGGAGCAGGAGGUGAGAAGAAGUGUUUUCCAUGUAAAUACCCCCUCAGAAGGGAUAAGCGGAGGAGCUGUAGAGAGACGAGGAAGGGUAGAGAGAGGGGAAAUGCUCCUUCUCCCUAGAAUAUUACCCCUCUAUCUGGCUACCUACUACGGCUCCUUUAAAAAAAAAUAGUGGUAAUCCCAUCACAUCAAGGAAAGGUUCUGCCUGGAGAGUGUGUUCUGGUGUACUCAAUGCAAUCCCAAUGCUUCAGCAGACCUCAGUCCAGAGAGAGUCAACCUGCGGCUGUUGUGACACACCUGAGAUACAGACAAGAGUCACAUUGAGACAACCACAGCAGUGGGACACAAGACAACUCUCCACAUUGCUUUGUUGUUUCCUCUUAGCUGAAACCAUGGAUAUGACUAUGGCCAAGACCACCGCAAGCUUUCUCUCCACUGUCUCCAGCACCUCCAUGACCCCCAUUCUCACUGUUACAACGGACGCCAGGAUGGAACAGGGGAUGGUCACAGAGUCCAGGACAAAACUCAUGACCACUAACAUUACUAUAACAACAACCAACGAGACAAGCUUCAAUGCCACCAAGCUGCCAGUUGGAGCUCGAGGGCUCUGAGAUUGGCAUGGUGUUGGUGCCCUUUGGCAUCAUCACUGUAAUUGGCCUGACAUUGGUCGUGAUGCUGUAUAUCAGGAAACGGAAGAGACUGGAGAAGCUGAGGCACCAGCUGAUGCCCAUGUAUAACUUUGAUCCGGCAGAGGAACACAGGAACUACUGGACCACAACCUCACAGGACCCAAUAACAAGGUAGUAUACGACACAGGUCUGAAGCAGUGCCCAGGCUACACUCCCCUCUUCAGUGAUACUGAUCCUCUACUGUAGAUCUAUGAUGAUACAAGUCUUGAUGGUCACAUUAUGUUCAGACUCGUCUUUAAUAACCCGCAGUGAUCUAUUGCUCACUGAUCUACAGUUACUGGAUCUCAUCUAUAUUUAUCUACAAUGUAUUCAUAAAUCUAUAGGUUCAGAGCAUCAUAAUGUACUCCAACAGAGCUUUGUGACUACAGUGCUUACAUUACCAGUAACUAUUUUAUACUCAUAUUAAUGGACUUUUUUCUUUUAAGUUUUGACAAUAGGCAAAAUGGUAAUACAUAUGGUAAAGUGAAAUUUGUGUCUGUUGUUCCAUUUUCCUUAAGCUACCCUUUCAAAAAACACUUACCAUGUGGACCUUGCCGUGUUAAUUAUUCACCAUUUACAUACAACAAGUUCAACGAUUACAACAGAAUACCACUGUACACACAUGCACAACCUUUUCUACUACACUGGAGUGACACACACCGAUACCCUCAUAUCCCAUCUUCUCUCUGUGUGCCAAAUACCAUCAAGUUGUUGAUUACUGCCUCAUCACUCUCACCUCACUGCUCCUAAAUGUCCCAAAAUGACUGAUUUCCUCAUUUUCCCCUUGUGAUUGACAUGACUAUGCUAUGAAUGUGAUUAUAAAAAUGUGUGUGGCAGUACUGGUUUCCUUUACAGACGUGUCUCUGACAAAUACUACAUAAUUAUCUCUUCCAAAUUAACAUACAGUACAUAUCUUAAGUACUCAAUUCACUUCUCCACCCAUUGAUUUGUUUCCCUAACGCUACAUUACUAAAACACAUGUUAUAAGCAAUCACAGCAGUGGCAGAUUCAAUAUUCAUUGGUUACAAAAUGAAAAAUCUGUUCAUAUGACCACUUAUGGCCAUCGCAUAACAUAGUUAUGGUGGAUGAUUCUAGUAUUACCAUGGCAACUAUUGUGUCUCACAGUUUUACCCCCCCCAGACUCUCACGACCUCCCAGGGGACGAUUCAGAGGCCCAGUCGCCUGGUCUUCACAGACGUAGCCAACGGUCUCAAUGCAUAACUACACU